CGCCGUGCUCCUAAUCAGCGCACAAGACCUCUUAUUUCAUGCCACCAACCCUCUCAAAAUCACCACUACCUUCAACAUCUUACAAUCUCCGUACUCGUCGUCCGACGUCACUCGACAACCGUUCGACCCCGGGCACCGGUCGGGCACAGAGUCCGCGCAGGCGGUCAAGGCCUGCUUUGCUCAGACAGGCUUCGGCAUCAUCUCUAGGAGGGACUGGUACAAUGGGAGGAACUACGAGGACUGCGAACGGACACAGGAGGUCAAAAUCAAAGUCGAAGACUGCCAAUGGAACAAGUGUUCCGAAUGGAGUUGCAGUGCAUCUUGAGGAGGAAAAUCCAACAUUGACGGAAGCACCGACAGCACCAGUAGUGGAAGGUCCCCAGAAGCCAUCCAGCAAGGCCCAACGAAGACCGAUGCGAAAACGUGCUAAUUCCCUAACAUUCGCCGCCUGGAGCAAGCUCAACCUCGAAAUCCCUCGCAAGACGAUGCACUCCUCUGCAGGUCUUCUCACUCUCGCCCUAUACAUGUUCUGGCCCGAAGAGCAAUCUCUUACACCCAUCAUAGCCGGAGUGUUCAUCCUCAUGUGUUUCAUCCUGAUAGGCGACUUCCUUCGCUUCGAGGUUCCCAGCAUACGAGCAGAAUGGGAGAAGCAUCUGGGCAAGUUCAUGCGGGAAAGCGAGAAGACGAAGAUAAACGGCACAGUGUGGUACUGUUUGGGAGCAAUAAUAUGCCUGUAUUGCUACCCAAGAGAUAUCGCCGUGGCGAGUAUAAUGAUCCUCGCCUGGUGUGACACCGCUGCCUCGAUCGUUGGACGCCUUAUCAGUUCUUCUCGCCGUUUAUCUCCAUACAGCCCCAAACUUCCCAAUCCUCUGUUCGGAUACAUACCCAUUGCACGGACGAAGAGCCUGGGCGGUACGCUCGCUGGAGGAAUUGUGGGGGCUUGUAUUUCUUGGGGCAUGUUCGGCCACACGUGGGGAUGCGUAGUGGUGGCGUUCAUCGCUGGAAUAGCAGAAGCUGUCGAUAUCGGAGGAUUGGACGACAACCUCACCCUCCCUGUUCUGAGCGGAGCUAUGAUAUGGUUACUACGCAUUGCAACUGGCUUAGUAUGAUGUGGACUGU